CCAAAUUUAAAAAAGUAACAACUUGGCGUUUGCGCAUGCGCAUUGCCAACAUAACCAUCAAAUUUGCGGUGUGGUUUUUCCCCUUAAAACAGUUAAAAAUUGCAAAAAACCGUGAACUAACUGUAGAAAAAUGCAAGUGCCCCCUGUCUUUAUCGACGUGAGUCCCGAGGACCAGGCGCAAGAGCUCCGCAUUUACUUAAAAAGUUUAGGCGCUGAAAUUUCGGAGGAAAAAUCAGUCAAGGGCAUCGAAGACGACCUACACAAAAUAAUCGGCGUAUGCGAGGCCUGUUUCAAGGAGGGCCAGGAGCCCGAAGUUGAGAUGGUGCUCAACGACAUUGUCUCAAUCAUGGUGCUUAUCCCGGCCGACCGGUCCGAGAACAUCAUCCUGGCCUUUUGCCAGAAGCUGCUCAAGGCUCAGGGCCCCAAACUGGGGCUGGUGUGCCUGCGCGCCUUGUGGCUGCUGUUCCAGUCGCUUGACGAGACGUCCCCCAUGCGCUACCACGUCUACUACCACUUGAUUUUAAUUGCGGAGAAAACGGACCAGGUCAAGUCGGUGUUCCAGGAUAUCGAGCAUUUGAAGCAACAGUUCGCCCCGUGUCCACCGACAAGCGAGCAGUUGCAGAUUCUGUACCGGUUGUUGCACCAGGUGCUGCUAAAGAGCAACCACAGUGAGCAGGCUGCCAAGGUCAUGAUCGAACUUUUGGGGACCUACACCGAUAAGAACGCCUCGCAUGCCCGCGAGGACGCGAUCAAGUGCAUCGUCUCGGCCCUGGGGGACCCCAACACCUUCCUCCUCGACCCCUUACUGGCCCUAAAGCCGGUCAAAUUUCUCGAAGGGGAGCUAAUCCACGACUUGCUUAAUAUCUUUGUCAGCGAAAAUUUGGCAACGUAUUUGAAAUUCUACCAAGAACACAAGGAGUUUGUCACGUCGCAGGGGUUGAACCACGAGAAGAACAUGCAAAAGAUGCGGUUGUUGUCCUUCAUGCAACUCGCUGAGACCAACCCGGAGAUCAGUUUUGACGUGAUUGAGAGAGAGUUGCAGAUCAAGGCUGAGGAGGUCGAGGCGUUUAUUAUCGAAGUCUUGAAGACUAAACUGGUGAGGGCCCGCAUGGACCAAGCCGCUCGGAAAGUCUACGUCUCAAGCACCAUGCAUAGGACUUUUGGGCGCGCCCAGUGGCAACAAUUGAGGGAUUUGCUCCACUCGUGGAAAAGCAACCUCAGCAUGGUCCAGGAAGGGAUGAAGAACGUCACAGCGGCACAGCUCGAAAUGUUGAACCAACAAUAAUUGUUUUGUAGCGAUUAAUUUAAGAAUAAAAAUUUUGGAACUA